AUGUUCAAGGCAAAAGGGAUUGCAAAACAGAAGAUAGAGGGUGACUACAGGGCUCAGUAUGUAAUUCUGAGAGACUACAGUGAAGAGCUCAUGAAGUCUAACCCAGGAACAACAGUAACAAUUGAUGUAGAGCCUGAAGCUAAUCCUAGUAGCCCAACAAGACAUUUUAGAAGGAUCUACAUAUGUUUAGGUGGUUUGAAGGCAGGCUUUAAGCUUUAUGGAAGGCCACUAUUGGGUUUGGAUGGAGCCUUCAUGAAAGGUCCUUUCCCAGGACAAGUGUUAACAUCAGUUGGCCUAGAUUCCAACAAUGGAAUAUAUCCUGUGGCCUUUGCCUUGGUUGAAGCUGAAACCAAAAAUUCAUGGGUUUGGUUCUUGAAUUGUCUGGGACAUGACUUAGAUCUUCAGAGAGAUUCAUACUUUACAUUUAUCACUGAUAGGCAGAAGGGCUUCAUUCCAGCCAUACAACAGGUGUUUCCAUAUGCAGAACACAGGUUCUGUUUGAGGCAUGUGCAUGAAAACAUGAAGCCUAGGUGGAAGGGUGAGCUAUAUAAGAAUUUGUUAUGGAAAUGUGCAUCUUCAACUACUGUAGCUUACUUUGAACAAGCAAUGAAGGAGGUUCUAGCCACUGAUGAGGGUUUAUAUCAAUGGUUAAGGGAGAUUCCACAUGUUCACUGGACCAGAGCCUAUUUUAGUGGUAGGGCUAUCAGUAAUGUGCUUCUUAACAACUUGUGUGAAGUUUUCAACAGACAGUUGGUUGAAGGAAGGGACAAGCCUGUUAUAACAUGUCUAGAGUAUAUUAGAGAGUAUUUGAUGAGGAGGAAUGUUGUUGUGCACAUACUGAUUUCAAAGAGUGAAGGUCACUUGACACCAACUGCUACUGAGAUUUUUGACAAGAUAAAGGAGAAGGCUGCAGAUAUGAGUGUCCAGUGGAAUGCUGUGGACAAGUAUCAGGUUAAAGGUAGUUCAUUGGAACAGUGUGUUGUUAACAUGGCUGAUAAAACCUGCUCUUGCAGAAGGUGGGAACUAACUGGUAUGCCUUGUAAGCAUGCUGUGGCAGUUAUUUGGGAUAUGGCUGCACAUGGAAUAGAAGUGGAUGUUCCAGAGAAAUGGGUUUCACAAGUCUAUUGGUUACAAACUUGGAAGCAGGUCUAUGCACAUACAAUGGACCCAAUCAAUGGUAGGAACAUGUGGCUACCAUCUGCUUGUCCAACAACCCUUGUUCCACCAAAGCACCACAAGCAAGUUGGCAGGCCAAGAAAGAAGAGGAAGAAAAGUGCAGAAGAGUUGACUGAACAGGCAUCGAAGCAAGGGAAGCUGUAUAGGAUUGGUCAAACUGUGAAAUGCACAAAGUGUGGUAGGAAGGGGCAUAAUCAAAGGUCUUGCAAGGGAACUGCAGAUGGGUGUCAGUCCAAUGUUUAA